CAUUCAUUUUUUUUAUUAUUAUUUUUCAUUUAACCCCAAACUCUCUCUCUCUCUCUCUCUUUCCGUUUCUCUCUCUAUUGGAGGGAGGGAGUGCCGGAAUUAUCACCGGAGUUUCUCACAAUUACGUUUUUUUUUGCUUCCCACCCGUUGCAAAACUUUGUUAUAUUUCGUGGAGAGGAAGAGAAUUUUGAAAUUGAGCAAAACCCUUUUUUUCUCUUUUUUCCGGGGGAAUUAUAAUACAAUUCUCUGCUGGUUUUAUUAUUAUGAUUGGAUAGACAGAAAAAACCAAAAAAAAAAACUAAAAUAAAAAAAAAAGGGAAAGGGAAGAUAAAAGAGAAGAAGAAGAAGAAGAAGAAGAAGAAGAACUCUUUCUCUUUCUCUUUGUCUUCAUCUCUCUGUUCCUUUUUUUGUUCUGUUUUCUUCUUCGGGAACGUGAAAGCCUAGAGAUACAACAACAACAAGAAGAAGAAGGUUUUUACACUUUUACGAGAUCCGUUUCAGUAACUUCUUUUGUUUGUAGCUGCUCUUUAAGACAAUAAGAAGAAGAAAAGCAGAAUUGUCUUUGUUCCUUUUUUCAUCAUCUGCUGUGUACAAUGCCGUUUGAUAUAUUGGAACCAAGAGGUGUACCAACACCACCUCAUUUUCAUGAAGACAUUCGCAUCACUCCUGAGAAACAAUUCGGUUUCAUGAAAAACAACAACCUGAUGUCUGAAAGUGGUGGGGAUAGAUGUUCAAAUUUACCGACUAGUUCUUGGACAUCUGACAGUUAUCACCUCUCACAACAAUCAAGCUUGUCUGGGGCGCUUCCUUCCUUUAUCCCUAAUGGAAAGACAACUACAAGUGAUACUCACUGGGAAAAGAGUCUAUUUUCCAGCUCUCUCUCUGAACUUUUUAGUAGACAAUUACGGCUACCAAGAAGUGACAAGUUAGCCUUUACUAAGGAAGAACCUUUUGAGUCUUUGGAAGAGAUGGAGGCACAGACUAUUGGAAAUCUUCUUCCAGAUGAGGACGAUUUUUUUGCAGAAGUGGUUGGUGAUGGUGUUCAUAAUAAGUCCCGUGCCAAUGGUGGAGAUGAUUUGGAUGAUUUUGACCUUUUCAGCAGUGUUGGUGGCAUGGAACUUGAUGGAGAUGUUUUUAACUCUGCGGGUCAAAGAGACGGAAAGAGAGGCAGCAGCAGUGUUUCCGUUGUUGGUGAACAUCCCCGAGGAGAAACUGUUUCCAGAAUACUUUUUGUUACGAAUAUGGAUAGCCUCAUUGAAGAUUACGAGCUCGAUGCCCUUUUUGAGCAAUAUGGAAAUGUUCGGGCUCUUAAUACUGCUGGCAAGAAUCGUGGCUUUAUCAUGGUAUCAUACUAUGAUAUUAGGUCUGCUCAGAAUGCGGCAAGAGCACUCAAUGGCAGACUCUUCAGGGGAAGAAAGCUUGAUAUUCGUUAUUCUAUCCCAAAGGAAAAUUCCAAAAAAGAGAACUCGAAUGAAGGAGCCUUGUGGGUAAAUAAUCUUGAUUCUUCUAUAUCCAAUGAAGAGCUUCACAGAAUAGUCGGACCAUAUGGAGAAAUCAGAGAGGUUCGUAGACAUGAGAACUCACAAAUUUACAUAGAGUUCUUUGAUGUUCGAGCUGUAGAGGCCACACUUCGAGGACUAAAUGGACGUGAGGUCGCUGGGAGGCAGCUUAAACUUUCACCAACCUGUCCAGAGGGUACAAGUUUCUCGCCACAAUUCACUGCAGAUGAUGGUGAGGGGGGUCUACCUAAAAUGGCUUUUAAUAACCUAUCAUCAGCACACAUGGGGAGACAUUUUCCAGGAAUAUUAGCUUCGACCUCUAUUGAUGGUGGAUAUAUGCGAGUUAUGCACAAUUCUGUUGGGUCACCUGUGAACUCAUCAUUCAUUGAGAGUCAUCAGAAUCUAGAUCCUAAUGGUUUGCCACCAUCCACAAGAGUCAUCUCAGCUAGCAAGCCUGUUGGUCUUCAGGACACUGGAAACCGUUUUGAUAAUUCGAAAUCGGGGAUCCAAAGCAUGCCAAAUCUACAUCCUCAUUUUCCGGAUUACCUUGACAACUUUGCAAGUGGCAGUCCAUAUAAAUCCUCUACUACAUUCUCUGAAAUGGUCAGUAAUGGCCAAAAAGCAAAUGAAGGCUUUAUGAUGAGCAGUAGUCGUGGAAUGGGCGUAGAUGGGUUUAACGGAAGUGUCAUAGGUUCUCCCAUAAAUCAAGGAUCCCAUCGCGCUAACGUCAACCUAUGGAGCAACUCUAACACUCAGCAACAUAAUACCUCAAGUGGUAUGAUGUGGCCUAACUCACCAUCUCACGUCAACGGCAUUCCUACUCAGCGGAUCCCAUCUGUUACUGGAUUCUCAAGAGCAUCUCCUCUAAUGGUGAACAUGGCAUCAUCGCCUGUGCAUCACCACAUUGGAUCUGCCCCAGUAAUGAACUCACCUUUUUGGGAUAGAAGACAGGGAUAUGUAGCUGAAUCUCCAGAAUCUUCUGGAUUUCACUUAGGUUCUCAUGGUAGCAUGGGAUUUCCUGGCUCUUCACCCUCACAUCCAGUGGAAAUUGGUUCUCAUAAGGUUUUAUCUCAUGUUAGUGGCAAUCCAAAAAAUGCUGUAUUACGAUCAUCGAGACAGAUGCCUCACCUCUUUACUGGAAGGAGCCCAAUGCUUUCAGGAUCUUUUGACUUGCCUAAUGAACGGUACAGGAAUCUCUCUCACAGAAGAAGCGAAUCUAGCUCUAGUAAUGCUGAGAAGAAACUGUAUGAGCUUGAUGUUGAUCGCAUAUUAAGUGGGAAGGACAGCAGGACAACAUUAAUGAUAAAAAACAUUCCUAAUAAGUAUACUUCUAAGAUGCUUCUAGCUGCCAUUGAUGAGUUCUGUAAAGGAACAUAUGAUUUCCUAUAUUUGCCAAUUGACUUCAAGAAUAAAUGCAAUGUGGGAUAUGCUUUCAUCAACCUUACCGAACCUGAAAAUAUUGUUCCGUUUUAUAAGGCAUUCAACGGUAAGAAAUGGGAAAAGUUCAACAGCGAGAAGGUGGCAUCUCUUGCAUAUGGUCGGAUUCAGGGAAAAUCAGCUCUUAUUGCCCAUUUCCAGAACUCAAGUUUGAUGAACGAAGACAAACGUUGCCGGCCUAUUCUCUUCCACACCGCUGGUCCAAAUGCUGGGGAUCAGGAACCAUUUCCGAUGGGUUCCAACAUCCGGUCAAGACCAGGCAAGCCUCGAACAAGUAGUAUCGAGAACUACACCAACUUUAGCAGUAGCUCUGAUAACCGGGAAGAACCUUUUAAUGGGACCGACUCGAUGUAACAAAUGAUGAGGCAGCAGACAGUUUUCAUGUCGUAAAGCCAGACUAACCCUUAGGCGUCUUCUAUCAGAGGUUAAAAAAAAAAACCCAAAAGAUUAACACAAGGUAAAAAUAUAUAUAUGUCGUUGACACCCCCACAGCUAUGUAAAUCCUUGGGGGGUGUGGUAAAUUACCUGAGAAAACUCAUUUUGCAGAGGAGAAAAGUUUUUUGAACUUGGUCCUUUUAAACUCAUUCAGGGUUGUUGCUUCACAAGUUUUGUUGUAUCAUUAAACCUCCUAGAGAAAUCUUGCUGGCUUUUUUCUCUUUUUGUUUCUGUCUUUUUUGUUUUCUUCAAAAAUUGUUGGGUUGUGUCCUUUUUACUUGCAUACAAAUGUAACAACUUAGUACGAUUUAUUCAGUUUCUUCGCCAGCGUUUUGGGACCAUAUAAUUUAUCAUUUAUGUUAAACCA